GCAUUCCCAGAAUGCUCAGAGGAGAGGUGAGCUGGAUUGAGUUACAGCACAACACAGUCUGAAUGUGCCAGCCAUUAACACCUGACUGGCAUGCAGGACCUCCCUUCUAUCCUCCAAUCUAGAGCCUCUGGUCUUACAGGCUCCAACUAGACCUCGUAGAGAGAGAUAUGGCACACAUUCCAGUGUGAGCCUGCUGACACUGGAUCUGAGCCGGCGACAGAACAAAUGAGUGGCUUGGAUUUUUUUUUUUUAAAACGACGUUUUUUGGCAGAACUGUUUGGUUUCAGAAAUGUCUACGACUAAGCCACGCAUGCUUGUCCACAUUGGGGAUGGAAGAACUUUUUCAAGGGCAAGAUUUCUGUCUUUACUAAACACCUACAACUGCUUUCUGAAGGACAAGGCUCAUCUACAUCUCACUGUCAAUGAGAACCCUGCUGGAAAGGUGAGUCUCGAGGGAUUCCUGGUUGUCUCUUGGGGCAUGAAGAGACCAAUCCGCCUCAAAAUCCAAGAUGAGAAACAGAUGGUCACGUGGAGCCGCUCUAAGUCUCAGGAAUAUUCUCCAGACUCCAUCAGCCCACUUGAAGACAAGAGGGGGAUGACCCGAUGGGGAGAAUUUGACAAUCUUAAUCACAUUGAUGAACUAGAAGAAACCCCUCAAGAUGGUUUAGAGGCUGUCGACAGUCAUGCUGCAGACUACAGACAAUAUGAAAGCCAGACACUGAGGGUGGUCCGGAACGAACCCGUCACAGAGAACCCCAUCCUGUUCCGCACCAAGAGUGAGGUCUCUCUGGUGAAGAAGAGAGUGAAGACCAAGGGGUCAGAGGAGAGACGGAGUAACAGACAGCAUCGCUUCUCCAUUAACGGUCAUUUCUAUAACUAUAAGACAUCGAUAUUUACGCCAUCCUAUGGGACAGCCACGAACGUCCGCAUAAACAGCACAAUGAGGACACCGGAGGUCAUCUGGCAGCUCCUAAAUAAAUUUAAGAUAGAAAAUGAUCCCAGUGAAUUUGCCUUGUAUUGCAUUCAUCAAAGUGGAGAAAGGAAAAAGCUGGGCAGCUCAGACCUUCCACUCUGGGAGCGUUUUCUUCAAGGGCCAUCUGAGGACAUCAUGAAAAUCUUCCUCAUGGACACUGAUGAACAGGAAGUUAGCAUGGACGUAGCACAGUAUGUGAAUUUAGAGCUGCCCAUUCUCCAGCGAGUUCUCCGGAAGCUACACGAGGAGGAGGCCAAAGAGGUACAGCGUGUCGUUAACAAGUAUAGGCAUGAACACAGCCUCCUAACACAAUGCCUGAACUCUAAGUUGGCCCCAAAGACAGAGACAACUGUGUGAAAGAAAGAGUCCUGGAAGACUAAAAGACUGGAAGUGUUAUUUUUCCCUCAUUCAGUUCCACAAGCAGAUUUACAUAUGUUUUAUUUUAAAAAGUAAUAUGAACUGUCUAGCUUUAUGUAACUGUACAAUAGAUUUUAAUAAUGCAUUUGUCUUAUUGUCAUUUAAACUCUCCAGGUUCAAUUAUAAAUAUUAUUAAUAGACAUUAGUCUAAAUGAGCAGUAGCCAUGGAAAAUAGGAGGGGAAAGUGUCAAAAGCUUCUGGAAAAACAGUGUUGUGGCAGUAAAUGAGUAAUGAGGCUCCGGCUGGUGUGUUACCGCAGGGCUUUGGCAGUCGUGCCCUCAGUCUGCUGCUCUGAGUAAAUGCUGAGCAGAGAGACUCCCCCACAGAAGUUCCAUCAUCAUUACCAUCACCAUCCCAGUCCAACUUUCCAGCUGAAUGUUAUGUGUUUAUUAUCAUGUAGAUUGAUGGGGUGAAAAGACUGGUAUUCCCCAUGGGUUCUGAUUGAGACAGUAAUGAAGAAAUGUACUUCUGCAACUACAUCGACUAUUAUUAUUAUUAUUAAAUUGAAUCCGGCGGCACGGUGGUGUCGUGGUUAGCGCUGUCGCCUCAUAGCAAGACGGUCCGGGUUCGUGGCCAAUGAGGGCCUUUCUGUGUGGAGUUUGCAUGUUCUCCCCGUGUCCGCGUGGGUUUCCUCCGGGUGCUCCGGUUUCCCCCACAGUCCAAAGACAUGCAGGUUAGGUUAACUGGUGACUCUAAACUGACCGUAGGUGUGAAUGUGAGUGUGAAUGGUUGUUUGUCUAUGUGUCAGCCCUGUGAUGACCUGGCGAUUUGUCCAGGGUGUACCCCGCCUUUCGCCCGUAGUCAGCUGGGAUAGGCUCCAGCUUGCCUGCGACCCUGUAGAACAGGAUAAAGCGGCUAGAGAUAAUGAGAUGAGAUGAGAUGGGUGGCACGAUGGUGUAGUGGUUAGUACUGUAACCUCACAGCAAGAAGGUUCUGGGUUCAAGCCCAGCGGUCGGCGAGGGCCUUUCUGUGUGGAGUUUGCAUGUUCUCCCCAUGUCUGUGUGGGUUUCCUCCAAAGGCAUGCAGGUUAGGCUAAUUGGUGGCUCUAAAUUGAGCGUAGGUGUGAAUGAUUGUUUGUCUCUAUGUCUCAGCCCUGCUAUGACCUGGUGACUUGUCCAGGGUGUACCCUGCCUCUUGCCCAUAGUUAACUGGGAUAGGCUCUAGCUUGCCUGCAACCCUGUUGAACAGGAUAAGCGGCUACAGAUAAUGGAUGGAUAAUAAUAAUUAUUAUUAUUCAAUCUCAACAAUUAUUUUAAAAUAAUUGUUUUCAUGUUUUUAAUAAGCCCUGCGAUGAUCUGAUGACUUGUCCAGGGUGUACCCCGCCUCUCGCCCGUAGUCAGCUGGGAUAGGCUCCAGCUUGCCUGCGACCCUGUACAGGAUAAGCGGCUACAGAUAAUGGAUAGAUGUUUUUAAUAAUGUUCUUUUUUUAAUCUUUUUAAGUUAAUCCUAAGGGUGUACAAACUUUUGCUCUCAGCUGUUUUGUAGAUGCAAUAAUAUGAUAAUAAUAAUAAAGUCUAAUGCCAUGCCUGUUUA